AUGGCCAAGUCGUCACCGGCAAAGAAUCUGGCCACUACUCUAGAGGAUUAUGCUCACAGUCCCUUCCAUUACGCCGUCGUUUUAGGUGAUCACACCGGUUUGACUCGUCUGGUUUCGUCCCUGCCUAAGCUAACCGAUCCAGAACAAAUCCAAACCGAGUUCGACUCAGUGAACCAAGAGCGAGUCGCCAAGAAAAUCUCCGCCGUCCUCGACCGCCGCGACGUCCCCUUUCGCGAGACGCCUCUCCAUUUGGCGGUUCGUCUCGGUGACGUUUUCGCGGUGAAGACGAUUUCUUCCGCCGGCGCUGAUCUCACGCUGCAGAACGCCGCCGGUUGGAAUCCCCUGCACGAGGCGUGGUGUCGUCAGAAAUCCGAGAUCACGGAGACGAUUCUCCGGCAUCAGCGUCUAUCGGCGUGGCGGAAAUGGAGACGUAGGCUGCCUCACCUGAUCGCCGUGCUCCGCCGCAUGAAAGACUUCUACAUGGAGAUUUCGUUCCACUUCGAGAGCUCCGUGAUUCCUUUCGUCGGAAAAAUGGCUCCUUCCGACACGUACAAGAUCUGGAAACGCGGCGGAGAUUUGCGCGUCGAUACUUCUUUGGCCGGGUUCGACGGGUUCAAAAUCCGCCGCGCGAAUCAGAGCUUUCUUUUCCUCGGAGACGGCGACGAGUUUCUCGACGUCUCUCCCGGUACGUUGCUUGUGUUGAACAGAGACGAUAAAACGGUCUUAAACGCUUUCGAAAACGCCGGUGAUCCGAUUAGCGACAGCGAAAUCGCCGAUUACUGCUCGCAGUCGAGCUUGUACCGACCAGGAAUGGAUGUAACUGAAGCAGAGGUCGUCGAGAUGACGAAUUGGCGACGGCAAGAGAAGAUUGAAACCGUCGGAGAGUGGAAAGCCAAAGCUUACGAUAUCGAAAACGUGAGUUUCAGUUUCAAAUCGCGGAAAGUCGUUGCCGGUGAAACAGAGCAGAGUUUGCCUUCGGACGAUCAGAAUCAUCGGAGUGUCUCGGAGCCGUUACGGCGGCGAAGGAGGCAGCAGAGUAGUUUCAACGUUGAGGAGAAGGUUGGUUUCUCUUCCGGAAGGAGAAGGUCGGUUUCUAUGCCGGAAGCGGCGGUUCCGGUGGCUUCUUCUGUGCCGCGGAUCAAAGAAAAGGAGUAUGUGAAGAGUUUGAGUCCUUCGGUUUGGUUAACGGAUGAGUUUCCUUUGAAGACGGAGGAGUUGCUUCCGUUGCUUGAUAUUUUAGCCAACCAUGUUAAAGCCGUUAGGAGAAUGCGGGAACUUCUCACCGCCAAGUUCCCGCCGGGAACUUUUCCGGUCAAGUUGUCGAUACCGGUGAUCCCGACGGUGAAAGUAGUCAUCACAUUCACCAAGUUCGUGCCUCUCCGGCCCAUGAAUCAGUUCUACACACCACUAUCAAGCCCGAGUCAUCUCUCAGCUGCAGUCGAAGACCAAUCCGACGUGGACGAUAACGGAAAAUCCGACAUAAGAACGUUGUCACCUUCACGGUCAUCAUUCUCAACGCCGUCUUGGCUGAGAUUGAACAGGACCACCGGGAGAAACUCACAGAGGCGGCUGGAGGAGGAGGCGGCACAGACUGUGGAUCCAUUUGCAAUACCAACAGGAUAUAAGUGGACGACCAACUCAGAUAUAUCAGCACCGAGUUGGGCGGAUCAGUGGGGGAACGGAGGAAUUGGGGUGAUGGCCGUGGAGGAUGAGGCCACUAACGGCAAGAAAAACGCCGCCGGGAAGAAGUCCGGCAAGGCCAAAGCAGGCUUUAACAGAGCUAAGAUGGUUGCGUUUAUUGGUGUCAAUUGGAUGAAAAAUCUUGUGCAGAGGAAGAAGAAGGAUUCUACUUGA